AUGCCCUCCACGUCCCCCUACCCUCCAUUGGACAUUCCAAAAUGCAACAUUCUCUCAUACGUCUUCCCUCCAGAGAAGACGCAGUCCAACAAACCGCUAUGGAUCGAUGCUGACAAUCCUUCCAACAGUCUCUCGCCAGCCCAGAUGCUGUCUUGGGUCAAGAGAUUCGCGGUUGGUCUUGAUCGACUCGGAGUCAAUCAGCAACGAGCGGUCAUGGUCUUUACGCCGAAUCAUCUCUAUGUUCCAAUGGUGUAUCUCGCUGCUGCCGGUUCCAAGCGCUUCUUCACCGGCGCGAAUCCUAUUUACACGGUCAACGAGGUCGCUCACCAGAUGAAGGCAAUCGAAGCGGCGGUUGUACUUAUCCAUCCAUCCCUACUCGAUACUGGUGUGGCUGCAGCCAAACAAGCCAGCAUUCCACUAGACAGGCUUUUCAUCUUCUCCGAUUCCGAAUGUCCAACGACAAAGGGCGUCAGGGAUUGGCGGUCAAUGGUCGCCUCAGAAUCGGAGGCCGAGUCAUGGAAAUGGGAUCCUCUUGAGGGAGACGCUGCCCUGCAAACGAUUGCCGCCAUCAAUUUCUCUAGUGGGACCACUGGCCUGCCCAAGGGUGUGUGCAUUACGCAUCGCAACCUCAUUGCGAACGCUGCGCAAACAAUCUUCAACAAAUACCAGGACACUCCGUACUCUGAACAAGAUCCCGGGCCGGAGCGUUGGCUAGCAUUCCUUCCCCUAUAUCACGCCUACUCGCAGCUGUGGACCAUCAACAUUGCAUGUCGACUUCAAGUCCCGGUCUAUGUGAUGCCCAAGUUCGUGUACGAAGACUUCUUGAGGCACAUCCAAACCUAUAGAAUCACGACGCUGCAGUUGGUGCCGCCCGUGCUUAUCAUGCUUAGUAAACGACCUGAGACCGCCAAAUACGACAUCAGUAGCCUCAAACAGAUUCUUUGUGGCGCAGCACCGCUAAAAAGUGAUUUGCAAAACGAAAUCAUGCAGCGCUUCAAAGUUGUUGUUGUUCAGGGCUGGGGCAUGACUGAGACGACAUGUGCCGGCAUUAUGAUGCCAGGAAUGACCAAGGAUUUGACCGGCUCGAUCGGUUAUCUGCUACCCAACACCGAGGCGAUGCUCAUGGACGAGGAAGGCAACGAAGUGACGGCGGAAGGCGAACCAGGUGAGCUCUGGCUGAGGGGACCACAGAUGCUGCUUGGCUAUUGGAGAAACGAACAAGCCACCAAAGAGAGCAAGACCGAAGACGGCUGGUUCAAAACCGGCGAUGUCGCCGUCUUCAAGGGCAACAAAUGGUGGAUCGUCGACAGGAAGAAAGAACUCAUCAAAGUCAACGGCUUGCAAGUGGCACCAGCAGAAUUAGAGGCCAUUCUGCUUGAGCAUGAAGAUGUCGCCGAUGCAGCUGCCGUGGGGAUCACUGUCCAUGGCGAAGAGCUUCCACGAGCCUAUGUGGUUCUGCAAGAGCGGGCCAAGGGCGAGACGACCGAGGAGGAUAUCAAGGCUUUCGUGGCAAGCAAGGUAGCCAGGCACAAACGGUUAGCUGGGGGCGUCAAGUUCAUUGACGAAGUGCCAAAGCUGGCUAGCGGCAAGAUUGUGCGCAAGUUGAUGAAGGAAUGGGCCAAGAGGGAUGCGCAAGAGGUCGAAGGCACAGUGAAAGCGAGGCUAUAG